AUGGCCUCUACAGCGCCUACAUUACGGCUUUCGAGAUGCUGGAAACGACUGCUGCGACCAUCGCGCCAACAAAAAACCUGUGUGCGCUGCCUCCACACCGCCCUCGCAACCACACCCUCACAAUUUUUACCUCCUCCGCCUCCACGCUUGCGCUCGCCAUUCAGGAUCCUCAAUGACACUACGCACACCUUAUCCAAAAAGAUAAAAACCUACCCCCCUCCGCCCUCCCACCGCGCCAAACACCCCUUCGCGGUCGCCGACUGGCAAGCCUACCACCAGAAAGAGCUCGACCCCACCGGCUCCCGCACCCGUCUAUUCGACCGCAAUAACCCCGACGUCCCCCGCGUCGGCGACAUCUUACUCGUGGCGUUCAAAACCGGCGAUCCGUUCGCGGGCGUGUGUCUGAGCAUCAAGAUGAGAGGGGUCGACACGGGUAUCUUGUUGCGGAACAAACUGCACAUGGUGGGGGUGGAGAUGUGGGUGAAGAUUUACAGUCCGAAUGUCAUGGCGAUUGAGGUGGUGAAGAGGGCGGAGAAGAGGGCAAGGAGGGGCAAGUUGUAUUAUAUGCGGAAACCGAAACAUGAUAAGGGUAGUGUGGAGAAGGAGGUUGAGGCGUACUUGAAGAGGAGGAGAUUGAUCAGGAGUGGGGCGUUGGGGGUUAAGGAUUCGUCGUUGUCGGUGAAGAAUCCGGCGUCGGCGAGGAGUGGCGUUGGAGCGAGGUAG